AUGUUUUCCAGAACAGUAUCCAAGCUGCGCAAUACAAGGAGGCUUUUGAGUACAGUUUCCUCGCAAAUUCCAGGAACCAGAACCUCGAAACUACCUAAUGGGUUGACAAUUGCCACAGAAUACAUUCCCAAUACAUCUUCGGCUACUGUUGGAAUAUUCGUCGACGCCGGUUCUAGGGCAGAAAACGUAAAAAACAAUGGUACAGCCCAUUUUCUAGAACACUUGGCCUUCAAGGGUACUCAGAAUAGGUCGCAACAGGGAAUUGAAUUGGAAAUCGAAAAUAUCGGAUCGCAUUUGAACGCGUAUACAUCAAGAGAAAAUACAGUCUAUUAUGCUAAAUCUCUACAAGAAGAUAUUCCAAAGGCGGUUGAUAUCUUAAGUGAUAUUUUAACCAAGUCAGUUUUAAACGGUAGUGCUAUUGAAAGAGAAAGGGAUGUCAUCAUCAGAGAAAGUGAAGAAGUGGACAAGAUGCACGAUGAGGUUGUUUUUGACCAUCUUCAUGAGAUUACCUAUAAAGGCCAGCCUUUGGGAAGAACCAUUCUAGGACCUAUAAAAAAUAUUAAAUCUAUAACAAGAUCAGAUUUGAAAGAUUAUAUAACGAAGAACUACAAAGGUGACAGAAUGGUCUUGGCAGGUGCGGGCGCUGUUGAUCAUGAAAAAUUAGUACAAUAUGCUCAAAAAUACUUUGGUCAUGUGCCCAAAUCUGAAUCGCCUGUCCCAUUGGGCUCACCAAGGGGGCCAUUACCAAUAUUUUGUAGAGGUGAGAGGUUCAUCGAAGAAAAAACGUUACCUACUACACAUAUUGCUAUUGCAUUAGAGGGCGUUUCAUGGUCUGCACCUGACUAUUUUGUAGCUCUGGCGACACAAGCGAUUGUCGGUAAUUGGGACAGAGCUAUUGGAACAGGCACAAACUCUCCCUCUCCAUUGGCAGUAGCAGCCAGUCAAAAUGGUCCUUUGGCUAAUUCGUAUAUGUCAUUCUCCACAUCAUACGCUGAUUCAGGUCUGUGGGGGAUGUACAUAGUAACCGAUUCUAAUGAGCAUAACGUGCAGUUGAUAGUUGACGAAAUUUUAAAGGAAUGGAAGAGAAUAAAAUCCGGCAAAAUUUCAGACGCCGAGGUGAAUAGGGCAAAGGCUCAGCUAAAGGCAGCUUUAUUGCUAUCAUUAGAUGGGUCGACGGCCAUUGUUGAAGAUAUCGGCAGACAAGUGGUGACAACAGGUAAGAGAUUAUCGCCAGAAGAGGUUUUUGAGCAAGUUGAUAAAAUUACUAAGGAUGACAUCAUUAUGUGGGCAAAUUACAGAUUACAGAACAAACCAGUUUCAAUGGUUGCCCUAGGGAACACAUCCACGGUCCCUAAGGUUUCCUAUAUCGAAGAAAAAUUGAACCAAUAA